AUGAACAGCAACAUCUCAUUGGUUACUAUUGCAUCUAAGCUCGCAAAGAUGAAUGUGGAAAAGCUAAUGAAGAUGGCUGGUUCAGUCCGAACCGGUGGGAAAGGUACCAUGAGAAGAAAAAAGAAGGCUGUUCACAAGACAACCACCACGGAUGACAAAAGACUUCAAAGCACCCUGAAGAGAAUUGGCGUGAAUGCAAUACCUGCAAUUGAGGAGGUCAACAUUUUCAAAGAGGAUGUAGUCAUCCAGUUCGUUAACCCUAAAGUUCAAGCUUCUAUUGCUGCCAACACUUGGGUUGUUAGUGGCACUCCUCAAAACAAAAAAUUGCAAGACAUUCUUCCUCAACUUAUUCACCAAUUGGGUCCAGAUAACUUGGAGAAUCUGAAGAAAUUGGCAGAGCAGUUCCAGAAGCAGGAGCCUGGUUCUGGUGCUACUUUGGAACAGAAAGAUGAUGAAGAUGAGGUGCCUGAACUUGUCGAUGGUGAGACCUUUGAAGCCGCUGCAGAGGAGGGUCACACAUCUAAGUAG